AUGAUUGGAAGUAUUGAUUGCAUGCACUGGCAGUGGAAAAAUUGUCCUAAGGCUUGGCAAGGGCAGUUUACUAGUGGACACAAGGGGACGGCAACAGUUAUCCUCGAGGCAGUUGCGUCAUAUGAUUUGUGGAUAUGGCAUGCUUUUUCAGGGCUUCCUGGUAGUUUGAAUGACAUAAAUGUACUAGAUAGGUCACCGGUUUUUGACGACAUUGAGUCUGGUGAAGCUCCACGGGUAAACUUCACAGUGAAUGGGCGGGAGUACAAUAUUGCAUACUAUCUUGCCGACGGAAUCUACCCUAAGUGGCCUGUCUUCGUGCAGUCAAUUCAAAUGCCCCAAGGCAACAAACAUCAAUUUUUUGCCAAACAACAGGAAUCAUGCAGGAAGGACGUGGAACGCGCAUUCGGGGUACUCCAAGCACGCUUCGCUAUUGUCCGCCAACCAGCUAGAAUGUGGGAUCUUGAUGUCUUAGGAAAAAUAAUGAGGGCGUGCAUUAUUUUACAUAACAUGAUAGUAGAGGAUGAACGAGAUACGUAUUCGCGAAACUGGGAAAAUAUCGACUUUGAACCGUCGAACAAUGCUAGCUCUAGCGCCUCUUUCAAUGUUCAAACAGACGUGUUGCCGGAGUUUCAAGUCCAUGUUCAACACCGAUCUGAGGCAGAUAAUCAGACUAGAGCGGAACUACGAGAUAAGACCCAACAUAUUCAGCUGAAGAAGGAUCUCAUCGAGCACAUUUGGCAGAAGUUUGGGACAACCUCCGAUUAG